CAAGUCGAAUUUGUAGCGAAACGCCAACACACGACGAAGCGACGGCAUAUCUCCGUCAGACACAGACUAUGGAUCCAGUACUACCCUGAACAACCAAUCUUCCCCAUUAUCACAGAUCAAAACCGAGACACAUAAACGCUAUGACUGGGAAGGCUCCUGGAUGUGGGAGGUUGGAGGGGCUACUCUCAGUGCUAUCGGCCUUAGCCUGUUGAUAGGCUUGCUGGGCUAUGUGGAUGGAAUGACUUACGCUAAAUGGCAGUAUUCCAUCUCGCCAAAUGCUGUUAUAUCAGUACUUUCUGCAUUUACAAAAGCUGUAAUGCUUGUCCCCAUAUCAUCGUGCCUGGGCCAGUUGAAAUGGAACCAGACUCAGCAGCAACCACUGCAUAAUUUCCAGGUUCUGGAUGAUGCAAGCCGUGGUCCCUGGGGCUCAUUAUCAGUGUUCUGGAAGAUUAGGUCGCCAUUAGCGAUUAUGGGGGCGACAUUGACUAUCCUAUCCGUUGCUCUGGAUCUUUUGCUCAGCAGAUUUUUUCCUUUUCAUCCAGGGAUGUGAUCGCUCAUAAUGAGACAGCGUACGUCCAAAAGAUAGAGGGCUAUGACUCCUCCUGGGAACAUCGACAAUACUCCGUUGGGGCAUAUAGUGUAUUGAAUCCUACCAUGCAGACAGCAAUGCUGACUGGCCUGGUCGGAAUCAACAAGCCUCUUGAGCCA